AGUUUUACUCGAGUGUAGGAGUGAUUACCGGACGAACGAUUGCCCAGGGACACAGUAUGUGCGUUAGCUAGUCAUGCGGCUGCUGAUCAGUCAGGAUCUAACGUUCCAAAAAAAACCGUAACAACCAAACGUAAAUACAUUCUAUAAAAGUUGGUUAAAUUAAUCAUAUUAUGAUUCGUUUCACGUGGCGCGACCUCCUAGCCGUGUUUGCGUUUACGGUGAUCGCAUUCCAAUCACAAGUUUCCGCUAAAAAAGACUUAAGUGGAACCGCAGCUCCAUCAACUGACUCAUCAACUCCUUCAUAUAGAUCGGGGGCUAAAGAACAUCACGCAGAACCUAUAAUAGAAGAAGUCACAUCUAAGCAAUUAGAAAAAGUAUUAAAUGAAAAGGAUUACGUGGCUGUUUUUUGGUAUACUAGAAGUUGUCACACUUGUGAUAAAGUAUUAGAAGAACUUGAAAAAAUUGACGACGACACAGAUUCAUUUGGGGUAGAUUUUGUAAAAAUUAACGACAAACGAUUAGCUAAGCAUUAUGGAAUUAAAACAUUCCCUGCACUUACAUAUUUCAGAGACAAAGAACCUAUUAUUUAUGAUGGUGAUUUAAUGGAUGAAGAUUCAGUGCUAGAAUUUUUAACUAGCUUAGAGGCUUUAGAUUUACCUGAUCGCAUAGAAGAAGUUAAUGCGAAGAUUUUGAAAAAAAUUAUUGAAGACACGGAAUAUGUUGCGGUUUUAUUUUAUAAAUCUGGCUGUAAAAAAUGCGCAAAAGCAUUACAAGAACUUGAAAAUAUCGAUGACGAAGCAGAUCAAUUGGGAAUUGGAUUUGUUAAAAUACACGACGCAAGUUUAGCUGAUGAAUAUAAUUUAGGAGAUUUGCCUAAGCUGGUAUAUUAUCGCCAUCAAAUACCAAUUAUUUAUGAACAUGAAUUGACAAAGGAAGAAGACGUUCUUGAGUGGUUAGUUCAAAAUAAAUCCACAGGAGACGAAGAAGAUAUAAUUGAAGAUGUUUCUGCCAAAACUUUAGACACGCUAAUCGAGUCUGUUGAUAAUCUCGUGGUACUAUUUUAUGAUAACGAUGAUGAAGAUUCUUUAAGAGUUUUAAACGAAUUGGAAAAAAUUGAUGAUGACUGCGAUCGUCAUGGUAUACAAUUUGUCAAAAUAGAAGAUCCAUUAGCUGCUCUAUCGUUUGGCUUAGAAUCUGUUCCAGCUGUUGUUUAUUUCGAAAAACAAAUACCAAAUAUUUACGAUGGUGAUAUUGAAAAUGAAGACGAACUUUUACAGUGGCUUAUUGAUCAAUUGCAGAAAGAUGAAAUAGAAGAUAUUACAAAUGAGAUGAUGGAUCGUCUCAUUAAAGAAGGAAAGAAUAUAGCAGUACUUUUUUAUGACAAUAAUGAUAAGAAAUCACAAAGAGCUAUAAAUGAACUUGAAAAUAUAGAUGAUGAAUGCGAUGCUCUUGGAAUAGCAUUUGUUAAAAUUGAUGACGACGAAGAAGCUAAACUUUAUGGAAUAGAAACUUAUCCUUCAUUAUUAUAUUUUGAAAAUGGAGUACCUACUCUUUACAACGGAGAUUUAGAAGAUGAAGAUAAGGUUUUAGAAUGGUUGAGUUAUCAAGCUAAACACGACGAAAUUGAAGAUGUUACAGAUGAAAUGCUGGAUAUAUUAAUUAAUAAACUCUCAAAUGUUGCCGUUUUGUUUUACGACAAAAAUCAAAAAAAAAGUCAAAAAGUAUUAGUGGAAUUAGAAAAUAUUGACGAUGAAUGUGACCAAAAUGGAAUAGCAUUUGUAAAAAUAAAUAAUCUAGAUGAGGCUCAAGAAUAUGGUAUAACAAGUGUACCAAAAUUAUUAUAUUUUGAAAAAAGGAUACCACACAUCUAUCAUGGAGAUUUACUUAAAGAAGAAGAAGUCUUAAGCUGGUUAAUUCAUCAAAAACGUCAUUCAGAAAUUCCAGAUGUUACUGAUGAAAUUGUAGAUAAACUUAUAGAAUCUGAGCCUUAUCUGGCUGUAUUAUUUUAUGACAAGGAUGACAAGGAAGAUAUUCGAGUAUUAAAUGAACUAGAAAACAUUGAUGAUAAAUUAGAAAAAGAAGGUAUUGUUAUCGUACGGUUGGACGAUGAUGCUGAAGCAAAAGAAUAUGGAAUAGAUCAUUUGCCCACUUUAGUUUACUUUGAAAAUAAAAUACCAGCAAUUUACGAAGGAGAUCUUAUUAACGAGGAUGAAGUACUUAAAUGGCUAAUAGAACAAAAAAAUACCGCCACCAUUGAAGAAGUUACCGAUGAGAUUCUUAAAAAUUUAAUAAAUGAACAUGAAUACGUUUUAGUAUAUUUUAGUGGUAGAUGCGAAGAAGGUGAAGAAUGUGACAAUAUAUUGGAUGGAUUUGAAAAUAUCGAUGAUGAACUUGACGAAAGUGGAAUAGUUUUUGUCACAACCGAAGACGCGUCUAUUGCAAGAGAAUACGGAAUAAAAACUUUCCCUUCGUUGGUAUUUUUUAGAAAUAAAGAACCUCUAGUGUAUACUGGAGAUCUAGAAGAUGAAGAUGAAGUCCUUACCUGGCUACUUGAUGAAGAAACACUCAAAGUGCCAGGACGAAUUGAAGAAGUAAAUACUAAAAUGUUAGAAAAAAUAUUGGAUGAAAAGAAAUAUGUUGUUGUAUUUUUUUAUAAAGAAGGAGAUAAAAAAAGUCAAAAGAUCAUAACUGAAUUAGAAAACAUUGAUGACGAGUGUGAAGAAAAAAAUAUACAGUUUCUUAAAACUUCAGAUAAUGGAAUUCAAAAAGAAUAUGACUUGCCUAGUUUACCAACUCUUAUAUUUUAUAGAAAUAAAUUCAGAAAAAUUUAUUCUGGAGAUUUGAUGCACGAAGAAGCUAUUUUAGAGUGGGUUCUCGACUUACAUGAGUCCGAACCUGAUUUUAUUGAAAGUGUGGACAGAAAAACACUUCAGACUUUAAUUAACGACGUUGAACAUUUGGCAGUAUUUUUUUAUGAUAAUAAGUGUGAAGCUUGUCCAAGUAUAUUGGACGAAUUAGAAACAAUAGAUGAUGAUACAGAUAAAGAAGGAAUUCAAUUUGUUAAAUCCACUGAUUCAAAAUUAGCAUCAGAAAUAGGUAUAUUUAGUUUUCCUGCAUUGGUUUACUAUGAAACAAGCGUUCCAAUUAUGUAUGAUGGAGAUAUUUCUGAUGAAAAAGAGGUAUUACGCUGGAUGAUUAAACAAAAAACUGAUGAAAGUAUAGAAAACAUUGAUAGAACAAAAUUGUUUGACUAUAUUGACACUCAAGACUUUUUAGCAGUUGUAUGGUAUAUUGAGGGUGACCCGAGAGUUCCGAGAGUUUUAAGACAUAUUGAACUAAUUGAUGAUGAAGCAGCUGAAUAUGGUAUUAAAGUAGUUAAAUGCAGUGAUAGAUUGAUGGCAAAAAAACACGGUUUUCGAAAUCCACCAGGAAUUUCUUACUUCCGAAAAACUAAGUACAUAAACUAUGAUGGUGACAUCGAUGACGAUGAAGAAAUUUUAGAUUGGUUAACCGAUCCUUCCAAUAUGGAGCUAACAGAACACAUAGAAAAAGUAAAUAGAAAAAUGUUUUUAAAGAUAAGACAAACCUCAGAAAACGUAGCCGUAUUUUUCUAUAGUGAUGAUUGUAAACAAUGUAAACAAGUUCUAAUGGAAAUCGAGCAUAUCGAUGACGAUGCUGAUGCUGCUGGUAUAGAUUUUGUUAAAAUCGAUGAUAAAAAAUUAGCAAAAGAAUGUGGAGUAUUUGCAUUGCCAGCGAUAGUUUUCUUUAAAAUUGGUUCAAAAGAACCUACUAUUUAUGCAGGAAACUUAUAUGAAGAAUCAGAUAUAUUAAAUUGGCUUAUGGUGCAAAAAAAUCCUCACGGUGAAAUAAUUGAAGAGCUUGAAGGUGUAGAGUUAAGAAAUGUAAUUUCGUCAUCGGAAUCAAUUGCGGUAUACUUUUGGAAUCAAACACUGUGUGACCGCUGUAAAGCGUCUUACACAAAAACAUUUCGCAGACAUCAUAAGUCGCAACAGCCAAAUGAAGAUAAAAGCAACAAGCCAAAAAAGGAUAUAAAACCAGAACUUUCCACACAAACAAUUGUUGACAAUGAUGAAAUAACUGACAAUAACGAUGAUGAUGUCGAUAUUGAUAAUGAUAAUAAUGAGAAUGAUAAUAUCGAUGAUUUUGAAGAUGAAGUAAACAAUGAAAAUGAUAACGAAGACGAAUGUGAUCAGUGUACAAAUAUAUUGGAAGAACUAGAAAAUAUUGAUGAUGAUUGUGAAAGACAUGGGAUAUCAUUUAAAAAAACACAGGAUAUGGAAGCAGUAGAACUAUAUGGAGUUUCAAAAUUGCCAUCUUUAGUAUACUUUGAGCACGGAGUACCAAAUUUAUUCGGAGGCGAUUUGAAAGAAGAAGAAGAAGUGUUACAAUGGUUGAUUACGCAAAGAACAGAGGACAGAAUUGAAUUAGUAACUCGAGCAAUGUUAGAAUCACUUAUCGAAGAAACACAAUAUUUGGCAGUCUACUUUUACAAACAGGCUUGUCAAAUUUGCGAUCAAAUUCUCGAUGAUUUAGAAAAAGUUGACGAUGAGUGCGACUUGUAUGGUAUACACAUGGUGAAAAUUCAAGACCCUCAAUUAGCUAAGAGAUAUUCGAUCAAAACUUUUCCUGCACUGGUAUACUUCAGAAAUGGAAAUCCUCUAUUGUUUGAAGGAGAUUUGCAAAAUGAAGAAUCAGUUCUUGAAUGGUUAAUUGAUGAUGAUAAUAGGGAACUUGCCGAUGAAAUUGAAGAAGUUAAUAGUCGUAUGCUAGAAAGGCUUCUUGAUGAAUCACUACUUUUAGCUGUUUUUUUUUAUAAUGAAGACUGUGAAGAUUGUGAAGAUAUUUUAGAAGAAUUAGAAAUAAUUGAUGGCGAAGCUGAUUUAUUUGGUAUUGAUAUGAUCAAAAUAUCCGAUCCAGAUGCAGCUUCAAAGUAUAAUAUUAUGAGUUUACCAUCUUUGGUCUACUUUCGAAAAAGAGUACCUCAAAUUUAUGAUGGCGAUUUAGCAGACGAAGACAAAGUACUGUCUUGGCUUACUUCUCAAGAUGUGUUUGAGAUUAAAAAUGAGAUCGAUGAAGUGAAUAAAAAAAUGCUCACCAAAUUACUUAAUGAAAAUGAAUUUGUUACUGUUUUCUUUUAUGAAAAUGACGUUGUAGAAAGUGAAGAUGUACUAUCAAAGUUGGAAAAUAUCGAUGAUGAAACUAGCACAAUGGAUAUAACAUUUGUAAAAAUGGCUGAUGCCAGAUAUGCACGUAAAUGGGGAGUAACUAAACUUCCCGCAAUAGUUUACUUCCGGAAUAAAUUUCCAAGUAUUUAUAGAGGACGUCUUGAUUCCGAAAUUGAAGUACUGGAAUGGUUGAAGAAAACUCGUUACCGUGAACCUGAACUUAAUCUGUUUAUGUAUGUUAUGAUAACAAUAUCGUUAGCUUUCGUUUUGUACACAAUAUUGCUAGUCUAUGGUUUCAAAAAAAUUACUUGCACGCAAGUUAAACCUACAUGAAAAAAAAAAUUCAUUAUCUUUUUUUAGAGUAAAUUAAUUCAAAUAUUUAAAAUUAAAAACAACAAGACUAAUUGUGGGUAACAAAACGUGUUAUUUUCAUCUUAAAGGGGUACCAUCUAAAAAGAGGAAUAGUAUUCAAUAUAAAAUAAAAAUUUAUGUUAUCGAUAAUUUUACCACUUAGAAAAUGUUCAAAUGCAUAAUUUCUGAUGUCAUUAUUGAAUAUUGUUCCUUUUUUAUCAAAAAAUUUUAUAAUUUUAUCAAUAUUUUCCAUUCUUGGGAAUAACACAAUUAGACUUACUGCCCUACAAUUGUCUUAACGAAACAUAAAUAUUUUAAAGAUAAAAUUUUAUAAAUUCCAGAUGUAGUUAGUACAUCAGUUUAGUUAGUACAAUAUUCAAUAAAAAAUAUUUUUUUACAUUUUUUAUGAUUAUGACUACAUUAUAUUUUUUGCAAUAUUU